CGCCAUCGCGGGACCUCGUUUGUUGCUCAUGUGCCAAAAUGUGAUUUUAUUAUGCCGUGGCCUGGUGGUGCUGCCUCAGUUAAAAAAAAAUACCGACGGGAAAUUCUUGCACGACAGCGUGUGUCACAGGACGUUUAACGCUUUGACCUUUGACUGGCAGCGAAUGACAAAUCAAAGGUCGGUAUCGUGAGCGGAGCCGGGGUUCAAAGCGCAUCUCCACCUCGGCACAAGACGGCGCUCCCCGGGAGAAAUGGUAGAAACCGAUCUGACAGUUGGUCGAUAGCGGCGGAGAUAGCUUCAGUAUCGGGAGAGGGAGCAGCAGCGGCAGCACCACACUCGCAGGCUCCAUAGCGGCCACCCUUGGACCGAAGGCAGGCCCGCUCCGAGAGGAGGACUGCAGCACCAUGGACAGCUCAGAAAUGGAUGCCAGUUAUGGCGGAGGACUGUUGGAUAUGGUGAAGGGAGGAGCCGGGAAGUUCUUCAGCAACUUUAAGGACAACUUGAAGGACACACUGAAAGACACCUCCACCAAGGUCAUGCAUCAGGUUGCCACGUACACUAAAGGGGAGCUGGACAUUGCCUACAUCACAUCAAGGAUCAUAGUGAUGACCUACCCGGCGGAGUCAGUCCAAAUUGGCUACCAGAACCAUGUAGAGGACAUUCGCUCCUUCCUCGACAGUCGCCAUGCUGACCACUACACUGUCUUUAAUCUAUCACAGCGCAACUACCGCGGCGCCAAAUUCUCCAACAGGGUUUCAGAGUGCAAUUGGCCUUCUCGCCAGGCUCCCAGCCUUCACAACUUGUUCGCUGUGUGUAAGAACAUGCACAACUGGCUCAAACAGAAUCCCAAGAAUGUGUGUGUCAUCACCUGCUCGGAUGGUCGUGGUCCCUCGGGUGUUUUGGUUUGUGCCAUGUUCUGCUUCUGCCACCUCUUCAACAACCCGGUUCCUGCCAUGCAGCUGCUCAGCGCCAAGAGACCAGGUUCUGGCCUCUGGCCGUCACACCGCAGGUACAUAGGCUAUGUGUGUAGCAUGGUAUCAGAGAAGCCCAGUCUACCCCACUCCAAGCCCAUGGUGAUCAAAGCCCUCACCAUGACUCCGGUCCCGUGCUUCAACAAGCAGCGUAGUGGCUGCCGGCCCUUCUGCGACGUCCUCCUCGGAGAGACAAAGAUCUUCACCACUGCACAGGAGUACGAGAGGAUGAGAGAGCACAGAGUCCAAGAGGGUAAGGUAGUUUUCCCUCUGGGUGUGAGUGUGCAAGGAGACGUCGUCGUUUCAAUCUACCACAUGAGGUCAACCAUUGGAGGACGUCUGCAAGCUAAGGUGUCCAACACCCAGAUCUUCCAGAUCCAGUUCCACACUGGCUUCAUUGCUCCUGGUACCACCAUGUUAAAGUUUAACAAACCAGAGCUGGAUGCAUGUGACUCUCCCGAGAAGUAUCCCCAGCUUUUCCAUGUGAUACUGGAUGUGGAGGUGGAGGAGGUGGACAAGCAAAAAGACCUGACGCCGCCGUGGGAGCAGUUUCCCUGUAAAGACCUUUGCCCCAACGUGCUCUUCUCCUGUCACCAGGAGCACCAGGACGCACUGGCUAUUGCUGAGCCAAGCCGGCCCCACGGAGGUCCGGAAGGUCGGGGCCACGGCGAGGAGAGCGAGCCCUCGGAUGAUGAGAUGCUGUCUCUCUCCAGCCAGCGAAGCAACGCCAGCAUUGCCCCCCAGAGACCCGACCCCCCUGCUCCAAUGCCUGCUGCCGCUGCACCCACUGAGGAAGUGGAUCUUCUUGGCCUCGAUGGGGAGGGGAUCAACCGGACGUGUCCUUCAUCUCAGCCCCCGUCUACUGCAGCCGCAACCACUGACCUCCUGGGGGACUUGUUUGGGGGGCCACCCCAGCCAACCAGUGGGGCGUCAUCUGCCCAGUCCACACCACAUAAAGUAGUCCCAAACACUGCCUCGCCAUGCCCCUCUCCUGCGCCACCAGCGUUUGAUCCCUUCGGGACGGGUCCCAUGCCCAAGCCUCAGGACAUGAUGGGUUCAUUUCUUGGACCAGGUAAUGUGGGGCAGCCAGACCCAUUCUUGCAUGCUGCUCGCUCUCCAUCACCCACCCUGCAGCCUACAAGCUUGGGCCGGAGUUCCCCUGUCCCACCCACCACCCCAACCGUCAACAUUCAGCAGCAAAAUGCCAUGGGAGGAUGGGACUGGAACAGGCCAGCCACCGCAAGCACAGCAGGCUUUAGUAUGGGCAGUCGGUCAGCCACUACAAGCCCCACAGGGUCGGUCCACAGCACUCCUACCCACCAAACCAAGCCAAACACCCUGGAUCCAUUCGCUGACAUAGGCAACCUCGGGGGGAGCCUUGGAGGUUCUGGCUUCUCCAGCAAACCCACCACUCCAACUGGUACCGCCCCUUCCAUCCCUCCCAUGGGCUCCCCGUCGCGACCUCCUCCAUCUCCCCAGCACGCAGGAGCUGGCUUCCCCUCGUGGCAGCCAGGUGCUGGAAGCGGUGGAGGGUGGCAACCCCAAGGACAGGGCCCUGCCCCGCAGCCAAAGCCCAGCCCCAGCCACACCCCCAUGCCUCACACAUCACCCCAGAACCGACCCAACUACAAUGUCAGCUUCUCUGCAAUGGGAGGGGGCUCGCCCAGCGCAGGAAACAAAGCACAGGCUGGCAUGGGUACUAAGCCCAGGGUCUUGGAUGCUAACUUUGAUGACCUGCUGUCUGGUCAGGGCUUUGCAGGGACCAAAGAGAAGAAAGGGCCCAGGACUAUAGCAGAAAUGAGGAAGGAGGAGAUGGCCAAAGAGAUGGACCCUGAGAAAAUAAAGAUUCUGGACUGGAUUGAGGGGAAGGAGCGUAACAUCCGUGCUCUGCUGUCCACCAUGCAUACUGUGCUGUGGGAGGGAGAGACGCGCUGGAAGCCUGUGGGCAUGGCUGACCUGGUUACUCCCGAACAGGUCAAGAAGGUCUACCGCAAAGCUGUCCUGGUCGUCCACCCAGAUAAGGCGACAGGACAGCCCUAUGAACAAUAUGCCAAGAUGAUUUUCAUGGAACUAAAUGACGCCUGGUCAGAAUUUGAUAGCCAAGGACAAAAACCCCUCUACUGAAUAAAUAGUGAGAGAAAGUGAGCAAGGAGAGGAUGUCCCUGCUGUCAUCUAACCCUAAAAAUGUGUCACCACCUCUGGUCAACAUACUACAGCUGCACCCUACAACAUCUGCCUUUAUACCUGUGCUUUGACCCGCACUUCUCUUCUCACCACACACACAGAACACAGAACAUCCAGUUGAUCUGCAAAGACGGCAAAAGACUACCGAACUCCAGUGACCAGACUAACAACUGAACUAAUGACUCCCUGUAGCUCAAAUGUACCUACCUACUGUAUGUAUGUGGUGCAACAUUUUCCGUACUUGUUGAGUGUCCUUAGCUCUGAACCAACCCACCAAUCAAAGCAGAUGUCACCGGGAUGUCUAGAAAAACAGAGAAACUCUUGAUUCAGAGGAGUCAGAACAAAAGACAGGGAGAGACGAUGGACACACAAGAUAAGAGAAAACACAUCAGGGAGUAAACUGAACUGGACUGGUCUAAAUAAGGUAUUCAGAGCGCCAGAUUGUCUGUAAGGCACAAAAAGCAUUUAACAGCAAUCAAGCAAUUUACCCAAAAAACACAUUCUAUUGGGAAAUGUUUUGCUUUGUACUGAUAAUUGGAUGCAUGAUCAGUUCUGUCAUAUCAGAGCAACAGUUUUUCAUACAAUCAAACGUUACUAGAAAGACAAAAAAGAACAGCAGCAUCCAGU